AUGGGUGAUCUUUAUAUGAAUUUGUUUCCUGGUUGGUGCUUUACUAAUAAUAAUCCUUGGUUAGAUAAAGGGAGAAUAAUAGUUGCUUGGAAUCCUUGUAUAUAUUCUAUAGAUAUUAGGAUAUGUACAAGUCAACUGAUUCAUUGUAUUGCUCAAACAAGUCAGAACUCAAGGAAAUUUCACAUUACUUUUGUUUAUGGGUUUAAUGAAGUUGGGGGAAGAGAAGUUCUGUGGCAAGAUUUAAAAGAUCUCAAGACUAGUAUUGAGGAGUUGUGGAUGAUUGUAGUAGAUUUUAAUGAGAUUUUGAACUAUGAUGAAAGAGCUGGUCGAAGGAAUCACAAGAAGCCUUCCGACAGUUUCAAGGAGUGUGUGACUCAUUGUCAAAUGGAGGACCUUAAAUUUUCAGGGUGCUUUUUCACUUGGAAUAAUAAGCAGAAGCCUGAAGAGAGAAUUUUCUCUAAGAUUGAUCGUGCUUUGGUGAACUCGAAAUGGACAGACUCUUUUUUUAAUUCAGAUGUUGUCUUCCUUCCGGAAGGGGAAUUUGAUCACUGUCCUAUUUUGAUCUCGUUCUAUCAAGAUGUUAUUACAGGGAAGAAGCCUUUUAGAUAUUUCAGCAUGUGGAAAACAGCUCAGAAUUAUAAGGCUGUGGUUCGGCAAAGCUGGCAGACCCCCAUUGCAGAUACUCCUAUGUAUCAGUUGGUGGGAAGAUUGAAGAGGCUUAAGAGUGUGUUUAGAACUAUUAACAGGGAGGGAUUUAAUGAGAUUCACAAGGCUGAAAUGCAAGCUAAGCAAGAGAUGCUAGCUAUUCAGGAAGCUCAAAAGGCAAAAAUUAAUUGGGUUCAAAAUGGAGAUGAGAAUACUGCUAUAUUCCAUGCUUCUUUGAAAGCCUGGAGAGCCUGUAAUAGAAUUAACUUGAUCCGAAAUGAGAGUGGUAUUUGGAUGGAUAAACCAGAGGAUAUUCAACUAGAUUUUCUGAGCUAUUAUCAGCACUUAUUAGGGACCUCAAUGAGCAACAGAAGGAAGGUUUUUCAAUUAGUGGUGGCUGCAAGUCCUUUACUUUCAGAGGAGCACAAGCAAGUUCUUCAGAAACCUUUCUCCGUUCAAGAGGUUAAAGAUGCCAUUUUUGCCAUACCAGGGAUGAAGGCUCCUGGCCCGGACGGGUUUGGGAGUUCUUUCUAUCAUGAUAACUGGGAUCUGGUGAGAGAAGAGGUUGGCACUGCUGUGAUUAAUUUUCUAAACACUGGGAUGCUUCUUAAAGAGUUCAAUACAACAACUAUUACACUUAUUCCUAAAGUCAAGUGUCCGAAUAGUGUCCAAGACUUCAGACCAAUUUCUUGUUGUAAUGUGAUAUAUAAGGCAGCUACCAAAAUUAUAUGCUCGCGGUUAAGGCAAAUCCUCCCUAAAUUAAUAGCUGAAAACCAAGGUGGGUUCGUUCAUGGGAGAUAUAUAGCUUAUAAUAUUAUGGUCUGUCAAGACAUUGUUAGGCAUUAUGGAAGGAAGAAUUGCAAACCGAGUUGUAUGAUUAAAAUUGAUUUGAGGAAAGAUUAUGACACUAUUGAAUGGGGAUUUAUUGAAGAAAUGCUUGUUGCUUUUCACUUUCCUUGGAAGUUCAUUAAUCUCAUUAUGGUGUGUAUCAAAACCCCCAGGUUUUCUUUAUUACUUAAUGGUGAAAUGCAUGGUUUCUUUGAGUCCAAGAGGGGUUUGAGACAAGGUGAUCCGAUGUCUCCUCUCUUAUUUGUUCUUGGCAUGGAGUAUUUGUCUAGAAUAAUGAGAGAUGUGGGUUCUCGGCAAGGUUUUAAAUACCAUGACAGAUGUGGUACUUUAAAAUUGAAUCAUAUGUGUUUUGCGGAUGAUUUAUUGUUAUUCUGCCAUGGAGACUUCCUGUCCAUUUUGUUGUUAUUGAAGGGCCUGAAGCUCUUUUCCUUGACUUCUGGUUUGCUGCCUAAUGAAGAAAAAUCGACUGUUUAUUGUGGUGGCAUGAAGGAGGCUGAGGUUACCCGAGUGUUUGAAAUGUCAGGGUUUACUAGAGCUCAUCUUCCGUUCAGAUUAUUAAGGGAUGUUGAGGCUAUUUGCAGGGCUUUUAUUUGGAAGGGUUUAGCUGACAGUAAUGGCCCGGGUUUAGUGGCUUGGCAUCAUGUUUGUUUUCCUAAGAAAGCUGGGGGUUUAGGCUUUAGGAAGGUUCUUGAUUGGAAUAUGGCUGCAAUGGGGAAAUACGUUUGGGCAAUUGCCACCAAAAAAGACAACCUGUUUGUGAAAUGGAUUAAUAGUGUCUACUUGAUGGACAAAAAUUGGUGGGAUUACCAGCUGCCAAUGGAUUGUAGCUGGUAUUGGAAGAGGUUAGUUGCUGUCAAAGAUGCUUUCAAAGCCAAGGUUGAUCUGUCUUAUUUUGCAGCUUUGAGGUAUAGCAUUAAAGCUGGCCAUGACUUACUGUUUGAGCAACCUCUUGCUGUUAGCUGGAGCAAAAUUGUUUGGGAUAGACUGAGCAUUCCGAAGCAUAGAUUUGUGAUUUGGCUGGUUAUGUUGCAGAGACUUCGUACUAGAGAUCAGUUGCACAAGUUUAAACCUCUAGUGGAUCACUCUUGUCUAUUAUGUGGAGGUGAUAAUGAGAGCAUUGGUCAUCUUUUUUUUCACUGUCAUUAUAGUAGUGCUUGUUUGCAGAAACUUAAGCAGGGGAUGGGUUGGAAUUCGGCCUCUUUGAAUCUGCUGCACUUAAUUCGUUGGAUCCAUAAAGCAAAGAGGAUGAGUAUUAUUCGGAAGAACAUUAUGUAUGCUGCUCUUGAAGCUCUUGUAUAUCACAUAUGGAGAGUCCGAAAUGAUGUGUACUGGAACAAAAAAUUAUGGCAUGUAGAUAAUACUGUUCAAAGAGUAGUUAGGGAAAGUCAGGUUAGGAUCACUCUUGUAAUGCCAAAAAAGGCUCAAACCAUAGAUAGAGAAUGGGUCACUAAGAUCAGUACAAAUUAG